GUUGCGACGGAGGCGGAGGAGACUGAACCAGGGGCGUCAAUUUCUUGUCUGUUUCGAGCCCACCCGAGUCGUCGGGGUAAAUGCGUGGUAUCGCAUGCACGGUUGUGCGAAUCGUUCGUGCGGGACCGACCUAUCAGAGCUCCACCUCUGGCACGGGGAGAGCAGUAAAUGCAAGGCAUCGGCCGACUGGGGCUCUGUUCCGCUCCCCAGGUGGCUUGCACUGUCAGGAGCUGAUGUGUUGCCAUGAUCUCAACCAGCAGCAGCAGCAGCAGGAAGUGCAGGAGAGGAAUCUCGAGCUCCUCUCAAGACAUCCAAUCUGUUUUCAACUAAAAGUUCGUUGCAUCUGUACAAUAUAAUCAAGCCUGGAAACGACACGAAUCACACUGCAUCUAAAAACGAUCCAGACCUAGCUCAAGGAGUUUGUUGUUUAGGAGAUUCGUGACUUUUCCAACAUUUGUGAGAGUCUGCGCAGAUUCGCGGAAAUCGUCAUCUCUUGGUGAGUAGCAGAUCUUGUCCUCGGCGAUUACUGGGUGGGAAAAGAAGUGUAGGAAGAUGGCGAGCACACUGGAGCAAGAUCACGAGAAUAUCCGGCAGACAUGCCUGCAGGUGCCCCUUGUGGACUCGCAUGCACACAACGUGGUGGCUCUCGAUUCCCACUUGCCCUUCUUGCGAUGCCUUUCUGACGAACGUGGCCAUGAAACUCUCUCCGGUGUGCCCCUCAGCCUCGCCUACCAGAGGAGCCUGGAAGAACUAGGAGACAUGUACGGCGUUGAGCCAAACGAGGCUUCUCUUAAGGCGCACAGGGAAUCUAUAGGCCUCGAAGCUGUGAGUGAGAGAUGCUUCGGUGGUGCAAACAUCGACUAUGUCCUUCUGGACGAUGGCUUGACUAUGGAUCGAAUGCUGGGGUUGGGUUGGCAUCGCAAGUAUAUUCGUAGUGUGCAUAGGGUUCUGCGAAUUGAAACUGUUGCGGAGGCCGUGCUCAACCAGCCCGUGAGCCAAGGUGGAUUUGCAACUUGGACGCUGAGUAGCUUUGACCACCGAUUUGUGUCGACACUAGAGUCACUUGCGGAGAAGGUAGUUGCGUUCAAGAGCAUAUGUGCGUAUCGAAGUGGACUUCGUAUCAACCCCUUGGUCUCUGCGCAAGCUGCUGAGACUGGCCUCCAUGAAAAUCUCCAAAACCAUCAGGCAGGGCAGUCUGUCAUAGUUUCCAACAAAGCGUUUAUUGACUUCAUGUUUGUCCGCGCACUUGAGGUUGCUACGGAGCGUAACAUUCCCAUGCAAAUUCAUACUGGCUUUGGCGACAAGGACUUGCAGCUGGAGCUGGCAAAUCCUCUACAUCUUCGUGCUAUUUUAGAAGAUCCGUUGUUUGCAAAAAGCCGCAUCGUGCUCUUACAUGGGUCCUAUCCGUUCAUGCGUGAGGCGUCGUAUCUUGCGAGCGUCUACCCCCAGGUGCACAUCGAUUUUGGCCUUGUUGUGCCUAUGUUAAGCGUUCGAGGGAUGCGGUGUGCUCUCAGUGAUCUACUUGAUCUGGCACCUGUGAACAAGAUAAUGUUCAGCAGUGAUGGAUACGCCUUUCCGGAGACGUUUUAUUUAGGGGCAAAGUGGUCACGCGACAUACUAGCUCGUGUGCUCUGUGAGUCGUAUGAUAACGGCGACUUGACGCUCGAAGAAGCAAUUGCAGCUGCUGAGCUGAUCUUGAACCGCAAUGCAAUUGAAUUUUACAAGCUAGAAGGAAAUUCUCGUGCACCGUUUUCUUCUUUAGCUCGCUCACAUUCAACUGAAAGCCUUCUGAGACUGCAGGAGAGUCUCGCUCCUCCUUUAACAAUUGAAAAACCUCCGUCCUCUUUUGAGUUUAGAUUACCGGGGAGGUCGCCGCAUCCUAAUGGCUCCGCUCACCCAAACUCAAAAGAUGUUUAUAACGAGGCGAAUCCAACUCCCAAAUUUGGCCCAGCUCCCCAGUUCGUACCUAGAGCUACGGCAGCGACUUCGUUGGCUCCAGUGGCUCCCGUAGCUCCCGUGGCUUUAGUGACAGCCGUGCCUGAAGUUGUUGUACCUGUUGCUGUAAUAGCAGUUGACGAGAAACCUCUUGAAGUUAAACGUGUUCGGUUGCUUUAUGCGGACACAUCAGGGCAACUUCGUUGUCGGGUUGUUCCCAGGAGGAGGUUCGAGGAGGUGGUGGUGGAGCAUGGGGUGGGGAUUCCGUCAUGCAUCAUGGGCAUGACGGCUCACUCAGAUUUUGCUGCUCUUGGUUCUGGAUUAUCAUCAGUAGGUGAAGUUCGUCUAAUGCCAGAUCUUAGCACAAAGAUCACGGUUCCCUGGUGUUCAGAGGAUGCAUUGGUCUUUGUGAACAUACAUGAAAAGCCUGGACUUCCAUGGAAGUGUGACCCUCGCAACACGCUGCAACGCCUCUCGCAAACGCUUCGCAUGAGCUACAAUCUAGUGAUGCGGGCAGGCUUUGACAUUGGAUUCUACCUUAUCAAACAAUCUUCUGGAUUCCAAAACUUUGAAUUUCUGACCGCAAGCCCAUUUUCAUCUGCAGCUGGUGUUCAUGCAGCUUCGUCCAUUUUGGCCGAGAUUUACGAUAUAUUAUCAUCUCUCAACAUCCACAUUGAAGAGAUGCACUGUGAAGGAGGAGGUCAAUUUGUGGUGACUGUUGGAAAUACCCACGUUCUUACUGCUGCAGACAAUUUCCUGCUUGUCAGAGAGACUGUGAAUGCAGUUGCUAGCAAGCACUCCUUGCGUGCUACGUUUGUACCAAACUUGCAAGAGGCUUCAGGCAUUGGCAGUUCACGCGUCCGGUUAAGCCUGUGGCAAGAAGAUUUAAAUGUGGUCGGAUCCAUGGAUACUACGAACGACAAGUAUGGGUUAUCUCAAUUCGGGCAAAGGUUCCUUGGAGGAAUUUUCCAUCAUUUGCCUGCCCUUCUUGCGUUCACUGCGCCACUCCCAAUUUGCUAUGAUUCAAACAAUGGUGCUGGCUACCACUUCUGGGGACAAGGCAAUUUGCUAGCACCUCUUCGAACGACUUAUGGUGCUAGCCCCAACGAAGUGAGCAGCCUAGAGUUGAGACAAUUCAACGGAUGUGUCAACCCCCAUUUGGGCUUAGCUGCCAUCCUCGCUGCAGGAAUCGAUGGCUUACGCAAGCACAUUCAUGUCCCCAAGCCCAUAGACAUUGAAGAGUUGGAUAAAGAAUCAGUCAGGCUGUUGCCAGCGGUACUGGAGGAGGCCGUUGCAGCGUUGGAGAGCAACAAGGUGAUGCAGGAGAGCCUAGGAGCUGCACUAGUGGUUGCCAUCUCUGCUGUGCGGAAGGACGAAGCAUCAUUCCACAACAACAACAAUGAGUCCAAAAAGUUGUUGGCUGCGCGCUAUUAGUACGAAACUUUUUACGACAUUUUAGGCAUGUAUUUUUGAGCUGCGGAUCAGAGAUUACUUACAAUUGAUGGACUAUUCCUAUCUCCUGGUGAUGGUUUUUGACCUUACAUGAGCUCCCAGUGGGGACGAUAAACCUUGUAUGUUUGGCUCAUGGAGGAAUUGAAUGACAUUGAAGCCCAGUAUCAAAGAGAGCUUUUGCUAUGCUUCUACUUUUAUGUGUUUUUCUAA